AUGAAUCCGCCCAAUGAUUCUCGAUCUUGUCAGCAUCGAAUCGAUGGAAGACUGGAUGACGAUCGGUUGCGGUGUUGGUUCGGAAUCGCACUGAAUCUCAACUGUGUGGUGGACGGUGGAAUCGGUGGCGACGUUUUUCAAGUGAAGAAGACCGAUGAUGUUCUCCGGUUUGACUUGAGAUCCUUUGGAGCUUUGAGUGGAUUUGACUUGAAUCCCCAGGCUCCGGACCUCGAACUCACGACCGGAAGCAUCUUCAUAAAUAAUUUACGUGUUAUUCAUUUUUCAUUAUAUAUCAAGCAUGUGUGA